AUGUUUAUCUAUCUAUCUAUCUAUCUAUCUAUCUAUCUAUCUAUCUAUCUAUCUAUAACAGACAUUCAUUUGUCUCUCUCCCUCUCUCUCUCUCUGCCUAGUGAACGUAAUGUAUCCUCAGUCAGUACAUGUUUAUCUAUCUAUCUAUCUAUCUAUCUAUCUAUCUAUCUAUCUAUCUAUCUAUCUAUCUAUAACAGACAUUCAUUUGUCUCUCUCCCUCUCUCUCUCUCUCUGCCUAGUGAACGUAAUGUAUCCUCAGUCAGUCCAUGUUUAUCUAUCUAUCUAUCUAUCUAUCUAUCUAUCUAUCUAUCUAGACAUUCUUUGUCUCUCUCUCUCUCUCUCUCUUCAUUUGUCUCCUCUCAGUCUCUUAUCUAUCUAUCUCUAUCUAUCUAUCUAUCUAUCUAUCUAUCUAUCAGACAUUCAUUUGUCUCUCUCCUCUCUCUCUCUCUCUGCCUAGUCUAUCUAUCUCAUCUCCAUUUUAUCUUCUAUCUAUCUAUCUAUCUAUCUAUCUAUCUAUCUAUAACAGACAUUCAUUUGUCUCUCUCCCUCUCUCUCUCUCUCUGCCGAGUGAACGUAAUGUAUCCUCAGUCAGUCCAUGUUUAUCUAUCUAUCUAUCUAUCUAUCUAUCUAUCUAUCUAUCUAUCUAUAACAGACAUUCAUUUGUCUCUCUCCCUCUCUCUCUCUCUCUGCCGAGUGAACGUAAUGUAUCCUCAGUCAGUCCAUGUUUAUCUAUCUAUCUAUCUAUCUAUCUAUCUAUAA